AUGGGGUACGCGCCCCGCGUCGCGGUCGUCGGCGGGGGAAUAUCCGGCCUCGUCCUCGCGAAGGAGCUGACGUCGAGAGGGUUCCACGCCGUCUGUUUCGACACGGGCGAGCGAGCUACCGGCGGAAGACUGUCCUCGCGUCGUUUCCGCGACAACGAUGGCCGAGACGUCGCGUUCGACCACAGCACGCAGUACUUCACGGUGGACGAUCCGAGGUUCGAAGCGCUCGCGAAGGAGUGGGCCGCGGAGGGGCUCAUCGCGCCGUGGCCGAACAGCGCGGUGGGCGUCCUCGACGCGACCUCGGGGCGGUUCCGCUCGUUCGACGACGCGACGACGCGAUGGAUAGGCGUGGACGGCUGGACGCCGCUCUGCGAGUUCCUCGCCGAGGGCGCGCACGAGGUCGUUCGACCGCAGUGGGUCGGCGCGAUGACCCCGGUCGGAGGCGACGGCGCGAAGCGACGAUGGGAGCUCGCGUCCGGUCCGGGCGGGAAGCCCCUCGGAACGUUCGACUUCGUCGCGGUGAGUCACAACGGCAAGUGCGCGUUGCGAUUGGCACCCACGGCGGAGCUCGCGAAGCAGCGGAAGCUAAUCUUAUCCUCCGUGUGGGCGCUCAUGUUCGUCGUGGACGCGCCGUUGGACGUCGCGUUCGAAGGCGCGCACGUGACCGGCUCCGACGUCGUGUCCUGGGUCUCGAACAUCACGAAGAAGCGUCGGCACGGGUCGAAGCCGCGCGAGCGCGAGCGCGACGGGACGCCCCCCGAGUACGAGUGCUGGGUCGCACACAGCACCCCACAGUUCGCGAGGGACAACAAGUGCCCGCAGGAGGCGAUCCCGAAGAACGUCGCGAGCGACGUCGCGCGCGCCAUGACCGCCGCGUUUGAAACCGCGCUCGGCCUCCCGAGCGGCUCGGUGAAGCCGACGUACGCGAGGGCGCAGCUGUGGGGCGCGGCGAACCCGCUGACGCGCGCGGGCGUGCCCGCGGUGUUCGACGCGGAGACAAUGACCGGCGCGUGCGGGGACUGGUGCGAGGGCCCGCCGAGCGUGCAGGCUGCGGCGACGAGCGCGUCGGCGUUGGCGGACGCGAUCGAGGCGACGUUUCGACCGACGGACGCGAGGGAUCCGACCGCGGCGGCGACGUUGGACGCGAUGCGCGUGCGGUGGUCGCCGUGCGCGAAGGGCUCGGCGGCGUUGGGGGCGUUUCCGGGGGUGGGAGGGGUCGUGCCGGACAUGGGCGAGGUGGAAGCCGCGCCCGCGGGUUCGGGCCGGGGAAGAGGCGGAAGAGGCGGAAGAGGCGGAAGAGGCGGUCGCGGGGGAGGACGGGGGCGAGGUCGGGGUGGGCGAGGGAACGGCGCGAGCGGGCGAGGCGGGCGAGGGCGAGACCGCGGCGGCGUGAGCGUCGCCGCGUUGUCGCGACCGCCGAUGAUGAUGAUGUCGCGUUGA